AUGCCUCUGCCUUUUUCGAUAUCUGACGAUGUUCUCGCCAAUCCAGCGCAAGACGCAACUCUCAACUUCGGUCCCGAUGUCAACGAUCUUUCGACAUUCCUUCACAUCAUCGAGCUCCGGCGCAUCAAUGCUGAUAUAUACAAAUCGCUCCACUCUGCCGGGGACUCAAACCUUGCAGGAAGCAACAUCGACGUCAUUCGAGUUCAACAUCAUACAAGAUUGAACCAAUGGCUCGUAACCGCGCCUCGAUACCUUGUUCCGACAUCUAUGCACCAGACACCGGAAUGGUUCCAGAUCGCCUACCACUGGGCAAUCAUGAACCUUUACAGACCAUCGCAUGCCUCUCCAGUCAGCACCAUCGACGCACUCCGCCACUGUGCCGACUCCUCCAUCAGCCUGAUUAGCUGCUACGGUGCCCUCUACGCCAAGAAUAAAGUUACUUACACCUUUGUGGCCUUGACCUCACUUUUCAUGGCUGGCGUCACGAUGCUUUACUCUCUGAGAGCCAGCGCCGCGCUACGGCAGCAGCUUACUCGAGACAUCGUGGAAUCGAAUAUCAGGUCCUGCACAACUUUGCUCCGUGACAUAUCUCACGGUGGGGAUGUCGUGGAGAGAAGCGUCGAGAUCAUCGGGAGAUUGGGGAGAGCUACUCUGGCAUUCUUUGAGAGCAACCUGGAUCCUGCGGACAACCAGGCCAAGAUCAAUAUGGGCUGCUUCAACACCCAUGCCGCGGGAACGAAUGAUCCCCCUGAAGUGCGAAAUUGGCGCAUCCACUUGAUCGCCCUUGUGGCCUCCAUGUCGGCCCUCGCAAUGGGUUACGACAGCGCUGUGAUAGGCGGUACGAUGGCUCUCGACUCAUUUGUCAGGGACUUUGGCCUCCUGAAUACCGAACAGGCCAAGAGAGACGAGGUUCAGGGCAACAUCGUCUCCACGUUCUACGCUGGCUGUUUUUUCGGCUCCCUGUUGACCUUCCCCAUUGCUGAGAAGUUCGGCCGAAAGCGCGCAACUCUCAUCGCUUCUUGUGUCUUCCUCCUGGGUGGUGCCGUUAUGACAGCAGCUAACGGCAACAUGAACAUGAUUAUCGGCGGCCGUGCCGUCGCAGGCCUCGGUAUCGGCGCAUGUGCUCUCGUCGUGCCUGUCUACAUCGCCGAAACGGCCCCACCAUCGAUCCGCGGCCGUCUCAUCGGAAUUUUCGAGAUUGCAUCACAAGGCGGCGGCAUGCUCGGCUUCUGGAUCAACUACGCAGCCGACCAGAUCGUCACUAAUGACGCAAAGGGGCAAUGGAUUUUCCCGUUGGCAUUCCAGUUGGUCCCCGGAGGUCUGCUCUUUACGGGCAUGCUGUUUUGUCCCGAGAGCCCCAGAUGGCUGGCCAGAGGAGACCAGUACGAGGCGGCAGAGCGGGUGCUCACGAAGAUUCGAGGCUUACCGAGCGAACACUCAUAUAUAAGGCACGAGAUGUCCGAGAUUCGUGCUCAAAUCGAAGAGCGAAGCACCACGAAGAUGAGCAAGACGGCCAAGGUAAAGAAGCUGUUCCAGAAAGGAGUACGCAAUCGCAUGGGCAUCGGCCUGGCCCUGAUGUUUCUUCAGAGCUUCAUGGGAGUGAAUAUUCUGACGUAUUACUCGCCUCGAAUCUUCGAAACUCUCGGUGUUACUGGAACAUCGACGAAGCUGUUUUCCACUGGAUUUUACGGAGUUGCCAAGACCCUGGGAAUGAUUACGUUUACGGUCCUUAUCAUCGAAAAAGUUGGGCGCCGCAAGGGCAUGAUAUGGGGCUCGGCUUUGGGAUGCAUCCCGAUGUUUUACAUUGGGUCCUACGUCAUGAAGGCCAACCCCAUUGAAGCCGCUGCUGCCGGCAGACCGGUCGUCAAGGAUGGUUGGGCUUAUCUUGCCAUCACCUGCGUGUAUAUCCAUGGCUUCAUCAUCACCGCAUCUUGGCAGGGAAUCACCUGGACCGUGUGCUCCGAGAUCUUCCCAAUCGAUAUCCGCAUGUUGUGUGUAGCCCUCACGACAGCCGACACUUGGGUAGGCUCUUUUAUCAUCGCGAGGACUACGCCGUACAUGAUAUCAGACUUGGGAUAUGGUGCCUACUUCUUCUUCAGCACCAUUCUCGUGGGCAUGGGUAUAUGGGCUUUCAUAUUCGUACCCGAAACGAAAGGUGUUUCGCUCGAAGAGAUGGACGCUCUGUUCAUGAAACCUACUCACAAAAUCGUCUGGGCUCAGAUCCGUCGGAGACCCUUGGAUCUGGAUUCGAACAACGUCCGGGGAGAUGGCAAGGAAGUGGAAGUCGAAGAAAUUGAGAAACGAUGA